AUAAAUCAUUCAUCGAAGUGAGCAACGUUCAUAAUUUUUGUGUUUGACAACUAGUUUAUGAGACCUUAUUUGUAUAAUGUGCAUACUUAAGUAUAUACCCAUAUUUGAGUGUACUUGGAAUCAUGAAUAGAAUUACCUUUAUUGUGCUAUGAACUUUAUAUGAUCAAAGUUGAAUUCACAUUCAGAACAUUUUUCCCUUUUUCUUGACAAUUGUUUAGAGUUUAGGUACAAUGUCUCUAACAACGUGUUAAUUUAUCAAGAUUGUUGAUUACGCGAACAAAAGGUUAACAAAUCAUGAUCAAAAAUUGAUAUGAACCAUACACCAGCCUUUAAAUAAAGUGUCGAUACAUCUCAAGUCAGUCUUUUGUAUAACAAGUUUAUACAUCAAAUUAUAAAAAUGGCUCUUGUUUAUAUUGAAGACAACGAUCCUUGGUUAACAGAAUACAAUGCCUGCGAAAAGCUAUUUAGAGAAAUCAUGGAACAGUUUACUGAACGUAAUAAACAUUUAAAAGUUUCUCAAAAAUAUGCAAGUAUAUCUGUAAAUAUACGGAUUCAUCUGAAACAAUACAGCAGAGAAGUUCAGCAACUCAAAAAUAAAAUAGAUGAUGCAUUACGAUCUAAAACUAUAACUGUCGAGGAAGCAGAAAGAAGAAUACGUCAAAUAGAAAUAUUGGAAAGUAGAGAUGUACAGUUGCAAAAGUUACAUGAUGCACGUACAAACGAUUUUGCGUCUUCUAGACUAAACUUACUCGCAUCAGGUGCAUCAGCUUUUGCAGAUGGAGGUACCACUUCUUGGGCAGCCGAUGAUGAUGAUGAUGAUAAGCCUCUAGAUACACAGAUAUCCGUCUCUAAUCUUAUGACUAGUCAAGAUAGAAUUUUGCAGGAGCAAGAUAAAGGUUUAGAAGAAUUAUGUAAAGUUAUUUCAAGGCAAAAGGAGAUUGGUCACACUAUCAGCAAUGAAGUAGAUCAUCAUAAUGAAAUAAUAGACAGUUUAGCUGAUCAUAUGGAUAGAACAGAUGAAUCCCUGAUUAACAAAACGCGUCAAGUACAGACUAUUAGUUUUAAGGAUCGUACGUGCGGCUAUUGGAUAGUAAUAAUUUUUCUUUUUAUUUGUAUUAUUACAGUCUCUUUGAUUCCGUAAGUAUUCAUAAUUUAAUUGCUUUAUACAUACACGUACUCAUACACGUGUAUGUAUACAAGUCGAUUCCAUUAUCUGUUAAGUUUUAAUGUACACAUAUGUGAGUUAUAAAUAUUUUUGUAUGUAAAACAACAUUUUAUAGACUAAUGUAUAAAAAUUAUGUUGUACAUCAAAAUUUUUCUUUCGAUCUUUUAACUAUUUAAUAAUUUAAACUUUACAUUCUUACGAAUUACGAAUGGUAAUUGUACUGUAACUAUAAAGAGUAAUAAAACAAAUUAAAAUAAAUAA